AUGGUGAAGCGGUUUCUAGCACGCCACCGCCAAGCGAUCCUACAAGUGCCUCCUCAUCGUACCAUCAAAGAGCACCGGGAGGAGUACUUAAUGAUGGCUGCAGACUUGCUCGUCCACGAGGCCAUAACACCGGAGUUGUGUCGCAAGUGUGCGCUGCACACAGUCAAGUUCCAUGCUGCGGCGAUUUAA